AUGGAGUUCAACGUCGAGAAGUGCCACCUCCUCUCAGUAACAAGGAAGAGGUCCCCGAUACCCUCCAGCUAUACCCUGCAUGGCCAAACACUGGAAUCCGUCAGGGACGCCAAGCAACUCGGUGUUACCAUCACCAGCAACCUGCAUUGGGGGAACCAUGAGACCGUGGCAGCUCCUGACCUGACUGCCUUCAAGGCAGCUGUGAAGGCCUGGCAACAGCGGCAGGGACAGGAGCCAGCACAACACAAGCAGUUCAGCGGUGCACACAAGCGGUUCAGGGCAGCGCGGGACAAGGCCGACGCCGCGGUUCGCAGAACCGCUAAGAAGGGACGCCUGCGAACCGCGCCUGAUGAGAACCACGCCAGGCUGCAGGAGGCGCUGCAGGAGAGCGAGGCGCAGCUCACCGCCUUCCUGACGCAGAGCCUGCGCGAGGCGGCGCAGCAGCAGCGACGACGCCUGGGCUUCGUGCUGGAGCGGCAGUGCAGCGUCGACCGACACCUCCAUGCGCUCCACGCGGCAGGUGCCGCCCUACUGACGGAGGCGCUGAAGACGAGCACAGCCGUGGCGUCCACGCGCCACCUGCUCCCCCCCACCUCCCCUCACUGCUGCGACAACCCCGCCCCUCCUUCAUGCUGUGACCCCCCCGCCUGUUGCGACUCUGAGAUGAGGGAGGACCCGGAGGCAAUCUACGCGACGCCAUCGCUUGAGCUGUGUGAGCUGCAGAACAGAUUGCAGCGCUCGCAAUCCCUGGACGAGGCGGGGGGCGACGGGCGACGUGACAGCGACAUGGGCGCCGCCGCCCCCUACAGCGGUGAAGAUGGUGGUGAUGACGCAGGUGGUGGAGGGCAGCUGGUGCGCGCCGUGUACAGCUACAGGGCCGCCGCCGGCACGCAGCUCAACUUCCAGGCGGGCGACACAAUCCUGCUAAUCGGUGGGCGCAGUGAGGGGUGGCAGUAUGGGGAGCGCUGCGGGGGCGACGGGGGGCGGGGGUGGUUCCCCGCCGCCUACACGGUUCCCCUCCCCCGCCACCAGCCCCCCGACCCGGGUAGCGCAGCCUGCCAACCUCUGCCAGUAGCUGACAUCUGGCACGCCACUGACACUAGUGACAGCACCUCUACAGGCACUGUCACUUCUACUGACACAGUGAGUAGUGACACGGUUCGAGCGGCAGAUGCCACCGACGCUGCCACACAUCUCAUCCACCCGCCAUCCCGCCACCUACACGCCACCUCCCGCCACCUGAACCAGUCCAUUUCCAACCGAAACCCCUUCUCCCACCACCCAAUAUCUUCCUCUCGCGAUCGAUCUAAUUUUAAUGAAAGAAUUCGUUCAAAUAAUUCAAAAAAUCCCCACACUGCCCCCGACCCACCUCCCCCUUACUCAGAACUCAACUCAAACCCCCGCCACAACCCCAACCCCAACCCCAACCCCAACCCCAACCCUAACAGCAGCAGCAAGAAACCAGGAGGCUUCCAGGACCUCUACAACCCCGAUUUUCUGACAAAUUUCCCAUCCAACCCCGGAGACUCAACCCUGAGUUUGUCUGCCAGUGGAGUCAGCGGCUCUAUCAGUGGGUCUGUCAGUGACAGGAGUGUGUCACUGAGUUGCUUCCUCCCCUCGACGGCCUCCCCGACCUCUGAAUCCCCACUCAGGGGGUCGUUCCACUCGAGCAACGACAGCGGCUUCAGCAACGACGUAUUCCACCCUACACAAACCACCGCUGCACACUGCCCCGCUCACACAAGAACUUGGGCGCAGGAGGAACCUUUUCUGAGGCCCACGAACUCUCGUAGAAGACCAAGGAUUCUUCCUGUAGGUGGUCGAUCCUACAGCUUAGGACGUUGCGAGGACCUCUUCUUCCACCUUCGGGAGAACUCAAGCUGCAGAGGCACCCGUUGCAUAUGCAACAACCAUAACAACCUCAGUAACGACAACUACCACAACCAAAAAGACAACCAAAUGUUGUCACCUAGCGCUCGACGCAUCCUCGCACAUCGGGAUGCGUCCAAGAAAAGUCAAUCUCUAGCCCUAAAGGAUAAACAAGAACUCCUGCGGAAAAAUAACCCCAGCAUUAAGAAAGGUAAAGCGUCUUUGAAACGCAGCAAGUCCCUCCUCUGCCUUGGGAUUGACUCUUGCAGCAGUGGCCUUCAGGAUGAUAUUCUGUCCAACGACUAUGAGGAGGUUAACUUGGAUGGCGGAGUUGCUGUCGAAUGGCGUAACCGAAUGAGAAUGGUCUAUCCAAGCACUAGAUGCUGUAACAAUAUGUCGAAUACCGAUGCGAAAGCCAAAUGGAACAACCUAAUACCAUCUACCGGUGCGAUGGCUAACAACAACAACAUGUCAACCACUGAUGCGAAGAUCGACUGGUACAACGGAAUUGCAACCACCGAUGUCGAUGUUAACCGGUUCAGUCGAAUUGAAACCAGGGACUGGUUCCACCGAUCUCUGAUCCAAGUGAACCUAAUUGAUACCCCAGACCCACCAAAAUACGAUGCACCUCUCACUCCCCCGUCUGCAUGUCUGCAAUGCCAGACGGUAUCCUCCGGCAGCAGUUUCUGCAGCACCUCCUGCACUUUCUGCUGCAGUAGCGGGAGCAGUAAGAGCUGCUACUGCCACGAAAAAGGUUCGUUUGAAUCAGAUACCAAUGGGACCGUGGUUGGGGCUUAUAGCCCCAAAAAUAGGCCCCCGAUGCCUCUGCCUGAUUUUGAAGCUCACUCUACGACGAAGGUUCUCGAGUCUAACGUUCCCCUUGUUCCCCACGACCCCACCUUAGACACCCAACAUCUCAUGACGACGGGGGACAACGAUACCCCAUUGGGACGGCGUCAGAGGAAAGGAUGGUCGAAAAGUCUCAGUCGACUCUCCCGGUCCUUGACUUGGACUUCAACCAAGUCCCCGUUACGAGGACGAAACUAUGAUGAAAACAGCAGCCACUUCCACAGUGACGAUAACAACCAUAACAGCAACAACUUCGAAGACAACAAAACGAACUCCAAGAACAACUAUAGUGAAAACAUAAAGAACAACAACCACAACUUUAAUGUCCACGAAAACAACAAAUUUAAAGACAAAAAAGCCGCAUAUUUCAAUCCUGACGACAAGAACAACAGCAACAGCAAGCAGGCCUAUAUUUACGAGUCCAACAAGACCACUCGCCCAGACCCAUUCAGGAUCUGCACGUCCACAGCCCUUGAGAACAACAAAAAGUCCACAGUCUUUGAGAACAAUAAGAACAAAACCAACAGCGACAAGCAGACCUCCAGGCCCGUCCCAUUAGGGGAACUCAAGUCUCCUCAGCCCACACGUCCUCAACAAAGCCCCAUCAGAGGAGACCUUCCCAGCCCCAAGACCCCUCCUCUGCCCCCCAGGGCACCGAGGCCCGUCCACUCGCCCGUCCCGGCACCACCCGUCAGUUUGACGACGUACGCUGACCACCUCGCCCGUCGCCUGGGCGGCAGUCCGUCCACGACGUCCCUUGUGGACGGGCGGCCGGGUGAUGGACGGCUGGUGUACGGCAGAUGGUGUGACCUCUGGGACGACAGCACCAGCUGCACGCAGAUAUGACGUGUGGACGUGACGUGUGGACGUGACUUGUGGACGUGACGUGUG